AUGCCCGCCAGCGACUACUCGAGCAACAAGGCCUGCAAUGACAAGGGUCCUGCUAACAAGAACCUCAUCAUGAUCGUCUCCGACGGCUUCGGUAUUGCCUCUGAGGCCAUGGCUCGCGGCUAUGUGCAGCAGAUCGACCGCAGGCCAUACGAGUGGCUGUCCAGCCUCGAUGAGAUCCUUGUUGGUACGUCGCGCACAAAAUCUACAAGCUCUCUGGUUACUGAUUCUGCUGCUGGAGCAACCGUCUUUGCUUGCGGCAAGAAGUCGUAUAACGGUGCUAUCGGCGUCACUGACGACGAAAAGCCUUGCGGCACUGUCCUGGAGGCUGCCAAGCUCCAGGGCUACAAGACCGGUCUUGUUUCUACAGCACGCAUCACCCACGCUACCCCGGCUUCGUUUGCCGCUCAUGUCGUUGACCGCGACAUGGAGGGUCUUAUCGCUCAGCACGAGAUCGGAGACAACGUUCUCGGAAACAAGGUUGACCUGCUGCUCGGCGGUGGUCUGUGCUUCUUCCAGCCUAACACCACCAAGGGUUCGUGCCGUACCGAUACUCUCGACGCCUGGAAGCUGGCCCAAACCAAGGGGUACUCGACCUUCUCCGACCGCGCCUCGUUCGAUGCGCUGAAGACCUCUGCCAAGCUCCCGCUGCUCGGCCUGUUCACUUCCGGCCACAUGUCGUACGAGAUCGACCGUGAUGCGGCCAAGGAGCCUUCGCUUGCCGAGAUGGCCACCAAGGCUCUGAACAUCCUGCACAAGAACACCGAGAACUCCAAGAAGGGCUUCUUCAUCAUGAUCGAGGCUGCGCGCAUCGACAUGGCUGGCCACGACAACGAUCCGGCUGCUCACCUCCGUGAUAUCGUCCAGUACUGGGAGACCAUCACUGCCGUGCGCAAGUUCAUUGAUGCUCACCCCGACACCUCCAUGGUGGCCACUUCGGACCACGAGACCGGUGGGUUGACCGUUGGUAUCAACCCAGACUACUCUUGGUUCCCCAAGUUCCUGCAGCCAGUGAAGAAGUCUACCGAGGUAAUCUGCCCCGAGAUUACUAAGCUUCCGGCUGACAAGCGCAGCGAGUUUGUCCGCACAACCGUGAUUCCUCAGUACCUGGGUCUUGCCAAUGUCACCGACUCGGAUGUCAAGAGCAUCGUCGAUGGCGUUGCCAGUGGCUCGACAGACUGCAAGCACAGCGUCGGUCAUGUUGUCUCCAAGUAUGCCCGUCUUGGCUGGACUACUGGUGGCCAUACUGGUGUGGAUGUCGGUCUGUAUGCCUACGGCAAGGGCACUGAGAAGCUGCGUGGCAGCAACGAGAACACCCAGGUUGGCGAGUUCCUGCGCGACUUCCUGCGCCUUGAGCUGGACUCUGUCACCAAGCGUCUGGCCAACGAGACCACUGUGCAGCCUGGCUUCUCGUGGUCGCGUGAGGAGACCACUUUGCUUACCCGCCGUAGCCUCAGCGGAAACAGCUACCACGAGCAGGUGGACUCGUACCACCCGGCCCGUGCUCACUACCAUUAA